AAGAAAAUUAGAGUAUAUUUAAUUAAAUUAGGAGCCAGUCGAAGAACGGAAAAAGUGUUAGUAAACAAAUUAAAUGAGAUUAAUGCAAUCUAUGAGAAAUAUGAGACGUGGCUGAUAGGUUUUGAAGAAAAACUUAAGAGAAAAUAUUAUAGUUCGGAUGAUAUUAUAUUAAUCAAAAAUUAUUGUAGUCGAUUUUUAGAGUUACAUGAAAAUAUUUUAGUGUUGUGUAAUAGUGAUAAGCCGAAGUCAUCGUUCAACAUGAAUUCUUUUGAUUUAAAAACGGCGUUAAAUCUUUUACCUAUUAUGACAAAUGAGGAGUCGAAUACAAAACAGUUGAUUGAUAACAUUGAAUAUUAUAAUACUUUAUUGAAAGAAGAUACAUGUAAACAAAAUUUAAUUAAUUUCGUAUUAAAAAGUAGGCUUUCUCCUGAAGCUAAGUUAAAAUUAAAAUCAAAAUAUGAAUCAGUUAAUGAGUUAAUUAUUGAUAUGAGAAAUGUAUUAUUGUGUAAGAAAGCUGCAACGGCAAUACAAAAUAAAUUACAAAAAAUUAGACAAAAUGACUUGUCAAUUGCUGACUAUGGUAAAGAAAUAACGGAACUAUUUGUUGAUUUAACGAUAACGCAAGCUGACGGGAAUGAUCAAUGCUAUAAAAUAUUAAAACCUAUUAAUGAAAAAAUGGCUGUUAAGCAAUUUGCUGACGGCUUGCGUAAUCGUCGACUUAGUACGAUUAUUUCUGCCAGGAAUUAUAGUUCACUUAAAGAUGCUGUACAGGCAGCCCAAGAUGAAGAAGUAUCAAUUCCUUCAACAUCUGGAGAAAUCAUGGGUAUGUACAAGAAACCAUACCAUAAUAAAUAUUUCAACAAUGGUUGA